AUGAACGAUUUCAAGGUCCCCGUUGAAGUUGAUCCGACAGAAGACACCGAAUGGAAUGAUAUCUUGAGAGAUAAGGGUAUUAUCCCCGAAAGACCACCGUCACCGACUGAAGAAUUAGAAGCAGCCUUGGAAGAAGCUGUCAAGAAGCAGCAUGAAAACAGAUUAGAAAGCAAAGAUAUGGACGAAUUAGACGAGUUGGAGGAUGAUGAAGAUGAAGAGUUCUUGAAUUUCUAUAAAAGCAAAAGAAUGGAAGAAAUCAAGAAACUAAGCGAGAAACAGAAGUUUGGAUCUGUGUUUCCAAUAGCCAAAAAUGAAUACGAACAGGAGGUUACACUUGCAUCUGCCGAGUGUUUUGUAUUUUUGCAUAUGUCAUUACAGUCGAGUCUUCAGAGUAGAUUAUUAUCAUCAUUGAUGACAUCAUUGGCUUUUAAGUUCCCCGAGAUUAAGUUCUGCGAUAUCCCUGCUAACAGAUGUAUUGAAAACUACCCUGAAUCCAACUGUCCCACCUUAAUCAUCUAUCAUAAUAAGGACGUGAUCAAGCAAUACGUGACGUUGACCCGAUUAGGUGGUAACGAUACAAAAAUAAGGGAUUUGGAACGGGUCUUGGUGGAUAUUAAAGCUGCCGAUAUUAACGACAAGCGAUUAUUAAUAAACCAGGAAGACGAAGAUAUUGAAGAAGAGAAAAGGUUAAGAUUCAUGAAAAAAUCCGUAAGAAAUGAAACUACGGCCGACGAUGAAGAUGAUUUUUAUGAUUAG